CAGGGUGGAACGGUCUCCAGCUUAAUAUUGAGUUUUGCCCCUCUUGUGGUCGCCAGGGGUCCAGAUCGUUCAGUCUCGGUCUUCGUCCCGGUUGCUCUCGGGUCGAGUCGUGCCGACCUAUCAACCGCAUAUCAUCAUCUACACUCUGCAGACCCCAGACGAAGAAUCAAGCCAAGCUCAGAAUGCCAUUACCUCCACCCUCAGAGAGAGCAGAAUACCUCAUCAGGUCGCUCGAAGAUCAUGGUCAGGGCGACUACAUCGGCGAAUCAAUCAAUCAGCUGGAACACUCCCUUCAAACAGCGCACCAGGCACAGAAAUCAGGGGCACGAUCCGACCUUGUCCUGGCCGCUCUGCUCCAUGACAUCGGACAGAUAAUCCCACUGGCCGCAACGAAGGAGGCCCGCAUGACAUUAAAAGAAGACAGCCCGGAGAAUGUAGGACGGAUUGGCCAUGAAUCAAUUGGCGCUGAAUUCUUGCGAUCACUCGGAUUUGGUGACAGUGUCUGUCGGUUGGUCGGGAGCCAUGUUGACGCGAAACGAUACCUCACAGCCGUGAGCAGUGACUACAUGGACACACUCUCGUCAGCAUCGAAAAAGUCAUUACAGUUCCAGGGUGGUCCGUUUAGAGGAGAGGAGCUGGAGUGCUUCAGAAAUGACCCGUUAAGGGACGAGAUGGUUGCAUUAAGACUCUGGGACGAUGCUGCAAAGGUUCCUCAUAUCGAGCAAACGACACCAAGAGCCAGGGAGUAUCUGAGCUUGGUGGUGGAACAUCUGCAGAAAGAGGAAGGCGUGGUGGUGUAGGAGUAUUUACUAUGGUUGACUUUAUACAUGUCCCAAUCAAUCAUUGUAAAUAAAGCGCCAUUGGAAGCACUGAUAUAUAGCGUUCUGAUAUAGCGUUUGUGCUAUUUUUCCUACACCUGCUUUGUGGGCGAUGGCGUGGAGCUUUGGAGCGAGGGCAUUUCCUGCUUCCUUUCCU